GUGCUUUCCAAACAGCAUUGAAAUAUCUAUGGCGCUUCUUGUCCAACAGGUAGAAGUAUUCCUAAAGUUCUGCAUUUUUUUCGAAAUGCACUAACAUUAUUUAUCUCCUCUAGCAAUGGUUUCUGCAGCCUACCAGAAACUGGAGAGAGAUAUACAUUAUCAACAUGUAUUUUAUGAAGAAUUUGUGAAAAAUCUCUAUCAAAAGCAUCAAAGAGAUUUAUCUGAACUGCUCCAGGAGCAUGUGGAGAUCAACAAGGCGUUGUUAGAAAAAACGCAAAAACUCCAACAAGAAAAUGAAGAGCUCAAAGUGCGCAUGGAUAGACAAAUGGAGCUGUCCAGGCAACUGACUACUGAACAAGCUGCAUUAUAAGAAUCCCUUGAAAAAGAAGCCAAGGUCAAUAAGCGGCAUUCUAUGGAGAACAAAGAGCUUCUGUGGAAGCUGCAUAAUGGAGACUUGUGCAGCCCAAAAAAACUUUUCCCUAGCACUCCACCAACACCCCCAACACUCCAUCAGUCACCCAGAAAUUCCAACUCUUUCUCCAGCCCACCCAUUUCUCCAAGAUAGAAAUACUCUGAAGAUUUAUACUAGCGAAAACACUUGGAUUUUCAACCUGCAAGAAGAAUGACAUUAGAUUUAUAGCACUGUGAAAUUUUGGGAGAUGUUCAGCAAAAACACCACUGCUGGUUUAGGCACAUUUCUUAAUUAUUCUGCAAUCUGUGAAGUUAAUGAGACAUCCACAGUAGCCUUAGGUGAGGAUGUCGGCAAGUUAAGAGGCAUUUAGCUGAGCUCCGGUAUCGUCAUUGUUUUCCUUACUUUUAUCUUUUAUCUUUUAUUUAUAUUUUAAUAUUAUUUUGCUUCCAUUCUGCUCCAGCCC